UAUAAGAGAGAAUACAGACUUGAGUAGUUAGAUACAGCUAUCAUUCUCGUCAUCAGUUUUUCUUCAAAAAGCUUCCUCUCUCUCCAUUUUCCCAAAUCGAAAACCCGAAUCCAUGGCCUUCGCAAACACGCCCUUCUUCGCUUCGUCGUUCUCCGCCGCUCGCCGGCCGAGAAUCGCCGACUCCGAUCACCCCGUUCCUCUUCAGCUCGCGCCUUGUGAGCCCUUCAAUGUCGCUCCGUUUCACCAGAAUUGCUCUCAGCCCGCCCGAGCUUUUUCCAGAGCUAGGACUGUUGUGCAAGCGUCUUCCAAUGGUCUGAAUGCUGUUGGUUCGACCCCAUUGAAAUCUGAACAAGAUGCUGAUUAUGUUCCAAUGCCAAUUGUGAUGAUAGAUCAAGAUUCAGAUUCUGAUGCGACAAUUGUACAACUUAGUUUUGGGGAUCGCCUUGGAGCUCUCAUUGAUACGAUGAGAGCAUUGAAGGAUUUGGGGUUAGAUGUGUCAAAGGGAACUGUUGCAACUGAGGGUUCAGUUAAGCAAACGAAAAUUUAUAUAACGCGAUUAGAUAGUGGGCGCAAAGUCGAGGACCCUGAUAUGUUGGAGAGAAUUCGACUUACCAUCAUCAAUAAUCUGUUGAAGUAUCAUCCUGAAUCCAGUCAACAACUUGCAAUGGGUGAGGCAUUUGGGAUCAAAGCUCCAGAGAAGAAGCUUGAUGUUGAUGUCGCAACUCAUAUACAUGUGAAGGAAGAUGGACCUAAGAGAAGCUUGCUAUAUAUAGAGACGGCAGAUAGAUCAGGAUUGCUUGUUGAAAUCAUUAAAAUCAUUGCUGAUGUCAACAUUGAUGUGGAAUCAGCAGAGAUUGAUACUGAAGGGUUGAUAGCUAAAGAUAAAUUUCAUGUCAGCUAUAGAGGGGCAGCAUUAACGAGUUCUUUGUCUCAGGUUUUAGUAAACUGCUUGCGUUACUAUCUUCGGAGGCCAGAAACAGAUAUAGACAGCUACUGAUAUGUUCUUCGUAAAGUAUUAUGUGGCUUCCAUGAUUUAUCCUGAAAUCCACUAGUUGACGUUAUAAACUAGAAAAAUGUAUUUCCAUUUUAUCGGGUGACAAAUCUCGAUUCAUAGUUGGAUUUCUAUCCAGCAGGCAUUCUGUGUACACUUAAUCUUGCAUAUUCCACUAAAAAUGUGAGACAAUAGUUGCUCAA